AUGAUUCUCGUGGACGAUCUCAUCGCCGAGCUCUGCGAGCUGCCGGCCAAAGUCAUCGUCGGCAAGAAGAAGCGCAAGGAAUUCCAGAAGGUGGACUUGCUGGUCCGGAUGGACUGCGAGGGCUGCGAGCGCAGGGUCCGAAAGGCGCUGGAGGACAUGAAAGAACCGAGCGGUAGGCCGCUCGCCGGCGUGCCCGCAGGCGUGUGCAGCGUGGAGGUGGACCCAAAGCAGAACAAGGUGACGGUGUCGGGGCAGGUGGAGCCGCCGGAGGUGGUGAAGCGGCUGCGGCGGCGGGCGGGGAAGAAGGCGGAGCCGUGGCCUUACGUGCCGUACGAGGUGGUGCCGCACCCCUACGCGCCGGGGGCCUACGACAAGAAGACGCCGCCGGGGUACGUGCGCAACGUGCUCGACGACCCCGACAAAUCGCCGCUCGUCAGGGCCAGCUCCAUGGAGGAGCGGUACACCGCCGCCUUCAGCGACGACAACCCCAACUCCUGCGCCGUCCUGUGACCCGCCGCCCGCUUCUUACUUCCAGACCCAGCAUAGGAUAGGUUCCUUUUCCAUCUCUGUUUGCUCGCUCUCUGCCUGUACAGCUCUGGGAACUGGGAUGAUAUGUUUCCUAGCUUUGCUUUGGCAGCCGUAAAUUUUUGUGGUAUUGUUAAUUGAGAACA